UGUUUUUGUGUUUUUGUUUUGCUUGUUUUGUUCCCUUUCUGUGGGUGGCAAUCAGUAAUCAACAAACCGAUAAGUUUUCAAAAAGGUAAUCAAUCCAUAACAGCACUAGCGUGAAAACGCCAUCACUGAAACCGGCAAGAUAAAUGCCGUGUGUGGUACCGAACUGCGACCCGCAGGGGCAAUGCUUCGCGCUGCACUUUCCGCAAAGUUACCUCCUCUCGCAACGCUGGAAGGAAGCAAUCGAGCUGGGAACGGGAAUGCCCUUGGCGGGUGAUAUCGACUUUCUGACGGCGGAAAUUUGCCAGCAGCAUUUCGUCGAGGGCAACGAUUACGGGGAACCGGUCAUUUUCAACCGCGGCUCACCGUCGUCAAGUAAAUGCCACAAAAUCCGUCUCACCUGUUGCUCACUAUGCCUGAAGUUUGUUCUCUUCAAUAAAAUCGUCCUCAAUUGGGAAAAUAUCACGCUCGGUGACAAGAACAUUAAACAACUGGUGCAAUCGAUACUCCGAACAGACCAGCCACUUCCCGAUGAUUUGUUCAACGGCAUUUGCCAACCAUGUUUGGUCCGAUUGGACUUGAUGGCGACCGUCACUAGAGAGAUAGCCGAACAGGCUGGCGUUAGUAAGAAAAUGGAAACUUUUAUGAAGGCAGAAAAACGAACGUGGUUCAGUAUCUCGACAGCUACACAGAACAACCCAUCGAUCAUACAGAUCGAGUCACAACAGUCAUCACUUUCAACUAUUACACUGGAAGUUGAGUUGCUAGAUAGUACGCCAGCCAUUGUUGAUGAAACAUCAGUUCAAUCUCAAGAAACUGACGAAAGUCUCACUUUGACAUCAGAAGAAGGUCCAACACGUUUUGCAGAGAAUUCGGCUAACAGAAGAGAAAACGUUCCCAAUGACCCACCAAUCGAGUGCGAAGACAAAACAAAUUCGAAGAAAAGUGAAAAAGCGCAAAGUACAGCUCGUACAGAAAAAUCUUGUGCCAAAAAGCCAAGGAAGCCUUACAAAUCUAGGAAUCCAAACAAAAAACAAGAACCAAAAAUCUACCUGAGGAAGCCAAACAGCCAAAAAUGCUAUCUUUGUGUAAAGGUUUUCGAAUCAAACGACGACCUAAGAACACAUCUUCUCGAACAUGCUGAUGAAACACUGGAUUGCAAAGAAUGUGGCGAAUCGUAUUGGGAUUUGAUAGCAUUUAACAAACAUAUGGCGAAGCAUGACUCCAAUGAAAGGCCGUUCAAGUGUAAGCACUGCAAUUUAGGAUUCUCUAGCGCAACAGCGAGGAAAAUCCAUCAGGCGGAUGUCCAUAACGAUGGCGAAAAACGGAUUGUUAAUCGAACACGACGAGUCUACACCUGUCAACAUUGUGGCAAAGUAUGCCCUUCGCUGAGCUAUCUUAAACAGCACGAGGACGCUCAUAAGGGAAUAAAACCAUUCAAAUGCACCAUCUGUGACGGUAGCUUCGCUAAUCUGACUUCCUUGGAGCGACACCAUGCUACACAUACCUCGGUGAAACCGUUCACUUGCAAGAAAUGUGGGAAACAAUAUCGCGUAGCGUCCUUCUACAAGCAACAUAUAAAAUCGGACUGUCAACCGAGUAGCUCGAUAGAUAGCAGCAAUAGAUGUGAGUUCUGUUCGGCUGAGUUCAAACGACACAAGAAAUUGGUCAGUCACACUCUUAGUGAACAUGCCGAUGAGAAAGUAGAAUUCUUCCAAUGCAAGCUUUGUGAUCAACGUUUCCUCAAAAAACGUCGACACUAUUUUCACGUGAAAAAUCACGCCAAGAUACAACGAAAAUAACUGCGGCAAACUGUUCCAAACGAAGAUUUUGGUCAAAGCCCACGAGCUGUCCCAUAAUGAAGAGCCUCAAUUGAAAUGCGAAUCAUUUGAGCAGACAUGAAGAGGUUUACAGAGGCGAGCAUCAGAAACACCAGUGCGACAUCUGCGAGAAGAAAUUCCAGAGGACAGUAUGUGCAUACUGAUACAACAUUAACGAACUCAUACCGGAGAGAGACCGUUUGGAUGUGAA